CAACCCAGACCCAGAGCUGCUGCUUGCUAGCUGCUUGUGCUGCCCUGCUUUGCCAGUGUUAGCGGUGAUAGCAACAUGGUUUUGAGAGCAGGGAGGAGAUUGUGCUACACAGUCCCCAAAGGUCUGCGGAGACAAGUCCUGUUGCAAUCCUGAAAAGUGUAUAGCUGUCAGCAGCUGCACACGGGGAAAGCUCCCGGUGAGCGUAAUGAAACAGUUUCUCCUCUCCAGUCGCUGAGCGGAGUGGUUGGAGAGAUUAUGAACCUUCUCAGCUGCCCAGAGGGGCAGUGAGUGUGAGGCUGUCGGAAAGUCACACAGCUACAGAGAGUCGACCUACCUCUCGGGGUGAGGGAGUCUUGUGCCAGGAAAGAGAAGAUGGCUUUUCUGUGGACUGUGCAAAUAGCUCUAGGAGAAAGGAAUAUUACUGAUUAGAAGAGCAAGGGGAUUAAGAAGACCCAAGAAGUGGCCAGACAGACUGAUGGGCUCUGUUGGUGAGCUCUGCUAUCAUCCCAUAACAAUGGAAAAACCAGCAACUGGAGAACUGACCUUGGAUCCUUUGGUCACUUGCAAGCUCUGCCUAUGUGAAUAUUCUGUGGACAAGAUGACCACUCUUCAGGAAUGUCAGUGCAUUUUUUGUACAUCGUGCCUGAAACAGUACGUGCAGCUGUCAGUUCGAGAAGGAUGUGGGUCUCCCAUCACCUGCCCUGACAUGGUGUGCUUAAAUCGUGGUACCCUACAGGAGUCAGAGAUCUCCUGCUUGGUGCCAGUGGAUCAGUUUCAGCUCUUCCAACGGUUGAAGUUUGAACGAGAGGUCCAUUUGGACCCUUGUCGGACAUGGUGCCCUGUUGCUGACUGCCAGACUGUAUGCCAUAUUGAACAGAGUGAUUCAGGACAGCCCACAAAAGUUGAAUGUCCUUCUUGUCACUUGACGUUCUGCUCAUGUUGCAAAGAUACCUGGCAUGCUGAUCGCUCUUGUCGGGACAGCCCCCCAGUUGUUGUCUUGCCAACAGAACAUGGAGCCCUCAUUGGGGUGGAUGCGGAAGCUCCCAUUAAGCAGUGUCCUGUUUGCCGAGUCUACAUUGAACGGAAUGAAGGCUGUGCUCAGAUGAUGUGUAAGAAUUGUAAGCACACAUUCUGCUGGUACUGUCUCCAGAACCUGGAUAAUGACAUUUUCCUCAGACAUUAUGAUAAAGGACCCUGCCGGAAUAAACUGGGUCACUCCCGAGCCUCUGUGAUGUGGAACCGAACACAGGUUGUUGGAAUCCUUGUGGGAUUGGGCAUCAUAGCCUUGGUGACCUCACCUCUGCUGCUUUUGGCUUCUCCUUGUAUCAUCUGCUGCGUUUGCAAAUCCUGCCGGGGCAAGAAGAAAAAACACGACCCAUCCACGACCUAAAAGCCUCGCACGCGUGGGCAUGUAUGUGAGGUGGCCUAAGGGAGGAUCUGGUUAUGGUGCCCUCCUUAGCAGACUCAUCUCCUUAUCCGUGCCAAUCUUUGGAAGUGCCUAAUGUCUACAGGAUUUGAACUUGCUUGCGAGUCUUCAAUAAGGGGGAGGCUAAGCUUUGUGUUGCUGUUUGAAGAAGGACUGCUUGUGAAGCCCAGGCUAUGAACGUGGAAUAUGUCUGGAAACUUGGGGGUUGGAUGGAAAGGACCAGUGUCAUUUUGUCCUCCGAAGCUCCAUGAUUUCUGGACUGGCCAUCUUGUGGCUGAGCAGAAGGAGCCCGAGGAAAUAUCUCCUGUUGCAACAAACUGUGCUGCCAUGAUUAUUAUAUGUACGACAGAUGUGGCAGAGGAGACUUACUGUCUGAAGCUCCGUGAUUCCAGGACUGGUCAUCUUGUAGCCACGGAGAAGGAGCCUGAGGAAACAUCUUACUGCAAUCUGUGUGCCCAUGAUUAUGAUGACAGGAGCAGCGGAGAGAGAGAGAGAUAGACAUUACCUUGGCUCAAGUAUUUCCUUUCCCAUCAUGACAAAGUGUAGGAAGGGCAGACACAGAAUCUUUAAUGUGUGUGUGUCUGUGUGUUGGGGAAGCAGUGUUGAGGUGAGGAAGGAUGCACUUAAGAAAGGAAAGCUCUAGGGCAUGCAGCCAACCACAGAGCUUGGGGAGGAAUCUUUCAGGAUGGAGUCUGCUUUUCCUCUGAAGGCAGAAAUAGGCCAGGUAUUUGGUAUAUAGGGGAUGCCGUGUUGACAAUAUCUACACAAGGUUUGGGGUUCUUUCUCUGUAGCCAUAACCUGGAGGAAGAGAAGCCUUCGGAAGGGUAUCAGUUUUCAAUAAGAGAAUUCACAGAAAGAGGGUAAUGAUAAUAUGCCUGCUCCAACAUCUCCACCUGGCAAGUACGAUUUUCCCCAGAAGACCCUUUUCCUCUAGUUAGGGAGCCUAUUUUAAAGAUGUGUUCUGUGUAAGAAAAAAGGGAGAAAAAUGGUCAACACGCUAUGAAGACCUCAGUAGAGAAGACUGUAGGCACCAUAAUUUGGCCCUACAAUUUUGUAGCUUUAAGAUAUCAAAUGGGGCUUAAAAGCAAAUCUCAUCAACAAAUAUUAGGUCAUGAAUCCUAUGUCUACUGUAUAUCCAUCUGGUCUCCACCUUGGAAGAAAUCUCCAUUAUAUAUCCUUGUGGGUCCUAAGAAAAGGACUGAGAGUGGAAUCAUCCCUUUCACAUUGAAUAUCUUCUAUUUUGAACUGGCCACCAUAUCUGUUACUAACCAAAUAGGUCCUGAAUCUAACUCUUGUCACAGCCAUAGAGAAGGUGACUCUUUGCUGUGCCAGGAUGGAAAGCGGAAUUUUUUUAGUCUUUUCAGAGCAGGUUCUCCCUGUUAGUUAGAGUUCACUGUCAUUGGCUCAGCACAGCAUAUGGAUUUCCUGUGUACAUAGUCAGCCAUUCUGCUAUUCAUGCAGACUGCAAUCCCAGCUCAUCCCCUUCAUUGGCAGUUUCUUGAAUUUCUAUGGCCAGAAGUAAAGCCAUUGACGUAGAAGCCAGUUUUUGGUAGGAGCCUCUCUGUCUUUAGUUAGGCUGAUCCUCAGAGAUUAAUGGGGUCUUUCUCUCAACCCAUUGUCAUAAGUUUUAAAACGUGGUGGGACCUGUUAGAGCUACCAAGCUGGGACAGCCUUUGAGAGCCCACUUUACCUCUACUUUUUAUUUUCCCUCUAGGUAGAGGACAUUAGUGAAAGCACACUGAAUGUGUUGCUAAUUUUAAAAACCAAUUUAUGAUCAGUUGGUUGAGAUGAAAAUGCACAAACUCCAUUUUUCUGAGGCUUCAAUCACUUCUUUUCUUAUAGCUCCAUUACUUUGCAUUUGAAUAGAUGCCUAAAAGCAACUCUGACUUUUUAAGGGCAUCAUAAUAGAUGCAGUUGGUAGUCUAGGCUCAGUACCUAUGAAGUUAAACAAACUCUGAUGCUAGGGGUUCAUAGUCAUCUUCCUCUAAAGCCAGUGCCUAUUCUGAGAUCACUUGGAUAUACACUAUUUAUUACACUUGGUGAGUUGACAAAUAAGAUUGCCAUAGAAUAGGUCCCAGUUGGUCACAAGGCAUUAUUUAAGGACAAAGGUUUGCUCAAACCAGAAGGACAUAAUGGAGAUAUUGGGGAUAUAUGUUUUUAAAGCACUUUAAGUCAUCUCUGUUACAUAUUGAUUUGCCUUUUUUUGGGGGGGGGGGGAGUAUCCCUAACACCUGGCACAGUGCUUGUCACACAGUAAGCACUUAAUAAAAACUUUCUUGAUUGA